GGCGCCGCAGCGGAGCGCGCAGAGCCGGAUCCCGCAGAGCUGCUGUCCACACCGACCCGCUGUGGAGGCUGCAGGGACGCACACCGGAGCUUCACUACAGGGGAUAGACCCACAGGUCCGAGUCACCCUGAAUGAUCCGCAUCUCCAGAAACAGAAAAACAGAAAAGACAGGAGUGGGAGAAGAAGAAGAAGAAGCUGCGCUUGGAAUCGCUGGGACUUACAUAAGCGCGUCGCAUGCAGGGCCGCCUGUGACUCAUUGAUAAAUUACUCCGCGCAGAUGCAUGAAUGAGCUCCCAGUGACGGCACCCGCAGCUCUGCAGCCGGGGAAUCUCUGUGAAUCUGCGUGAAUCUGUGUGAAUCUGUGAUCCCGACCCCUCCGGGAUCUUUUGGACACCUCAGACCGAUUUGGUCUAUUUCAGAUUCUGCAUUUUUGACGCGUAAAGUCUCUGCGCCUUUGCGCAUCUGAAGGGCCCUCGCACCCAGGAAGCCCCCUCCCACCUUUUUCUUUUUUUUCCACCCCAAACACUUAAGUUUGGACUCCUGCUUCAUUCAUAAAUGCUCGACAAGCUCAAGCCCGUCGUCCUCGACUCGGUCAUGGCCAUCAGCAAGACGGCGGUGUGGCUGCGGGAGCAGCUGGAGACGCAGGGGCGCAGCGGCGGGGACGCCGGCCUGCUGGUGGUGGACUGCCGGGCGCAGCAGCUGUACGAAUCCUCGCACGUCGACACGGCCAUCAACGUGGCCAUCCCGGGCCUGAUGCUGCGGAGGCUGCGGAAGGGCAACCUGCCGGUGCGCUCGCUGCUGGCGGACGGAGAGGACCGGGAGCGCUUCGCGCGCCGCUGCAAGACCGACACCAUCGUGCUGUACGACGAGUACAGCCGCGAGUGGAACGAGAACGUGGACGGGGGUUCGGUGCUGGGCUUGCUGCUCAGGAAGAUGAAGGACGAAGGCUACAGGGCCUUUUACCUGGAGGGUGGCUUCAGUAAAUUCCAGGCCGAGUAUCCCAACCUGUGCGAGACCAACCUGGACGGCUCGUCCAACAGCAGCAGCUCCCCCACGGCGCAGGUCCUGGGCCUCGGGGGGCUGCGCAUCAGCUCCGACUCCUCGGACAUCGAGUCGGACAUCGACCCCAGCAGCGCUGGCACGGACUCGGACGGCAGCCCGCUGUCCAACCCGCAGCCGUCCUUCCCCGUGGAGAUCCUGCCGCACCUGUACCUGGGCUGCGCCAAGGACUCCACCAACCUGGACGUGCUGGAGGAGUACGGCAUCAAGUACAUCCUCAACGUCACGCCCAACCUGCCCAACCUGUUCGAGAACGCGGGCGAGUUCAAGUACAAGCAGAUCCCCAUCUCGGACCACUGGAGCCAGAACCUGUCGCAGUUCUUCCCCGAGGCCAUCAGCUUCAUUGACGAAGCCCGGGGCCAGAAGUGCGGCGUCCUGGUCCACUGCUUGGCCGGCAUCAGCCGCUCGGUGACGGUGACGGUGGCCUACCUCAUGCAGAAGCUCAACCUCUCCAUGAACGACGCCUACGACAUCGUCAAGAUGAAGAAGUCCAACAUUUCCCCCAACUUCAACUUCAUGGGCCAGCUCCUGGACUUUGAGCGCACGCUGGGCCUGAAGAGCCCGUGCGACAACCGCAUGGCGCCGCCCAGCCAGCAGCUCUACUUCACCACGCCGACCAACCACAACGUCUUCCAGCUGGACCCCCUGCAGUCCACGUGAGGUCCGCCGGCAAGCGCCCCGCCAUCUUUGACGGAGGUUUCAUGGGCCUCCCGUUUGCAAAAGUUGCUAGGAGUUUCUCUUUUUUCCGCCGUGCGACCUGGGGCCUGAGGCGACGGCCGCUGGGCGCCAGCGCCGGAGGGCCCAAGCGGUCCGGCCGGCGCUGCUGUGGACUAAACGAGAAGAGACAAUGAGAGAAAUGAACAGAUCCGUCAUUUCCAGAGUGCAAAAUGCUUUCUACAAUCCCGUUUCCCCCGCCGGAAACCCCCCGGCGAUCUCCGUCUUUGUAUCCGAGGAAACGGCAGAUUAUUUCUCGGACAGCUGCGUGUUCUGCUGCGAAGCUCCUCGGCUGGGUGUGCCAAAGAGAGAUGUUCGUUUAAGGUGGACUGAAGGACUCUGUACAUUGGUUUUGGGGUGUACUCAGCGUGCCCCCGUGACCCGGGGUCGUCUCCUUCAUCUUCUGUGAAGACCUGCCUGUGUGGGCGGCUUUGGAGGGCACCCCACCUACCUACCUACCGGACUCGAUUUUACACUUGUGAAGUCUUUUUAAAACAUUUAUACGUUGUGUAUAUACCUUAAUAUAAAAGACUGUAAAAGCCUUGCUGUAGUAUUUACCCGUUGGAAGUGGGUACUCAAGAUUUCUGUGUUUCAUAUUCUAGUUUUAUGUAAACAAACUGCAUAUUGAUCAUUAUUUUUAAGUUGAUUAUGCCAAAACUCAAAAGGCUUUCCAAGAACUGUGCAAAUAUAUAUAUAUAUAUAUAUAUAUAUAUAUAUAUAUAUAUA